UAUGAAUCACUGUCUCCAGAACUCCUUCUAAAAGCCAAACAACUUGGGUUUUCUGAUGGACAGAUAGCUAAAUGUGUUGAAAGUACAGAUAGAAUGAUCCGUAAAAAUAGACAAGCUUUAGGUAUCACUCCAUUUGUGAAGCAAGUUGACACUGUAGCAGCUGAGUGGCCAGCCUCCACGAACUAUUUGUACCUGACAUACAAUGGCAAGUUCCACGACAUUGACUUUCCAGGUGGUGCUGUCAUGGUUCUGGGAUCUGGAGUAUAUCGUAUUGGUAGUUCUGUAGAGUUUGAUUGGUGUGCUGUGGAGUCAGUCAGGGAACUGAGAAAGAUGGGAAGGAAAACAAUCAUGGUGAAUUGUAACCCAGAGACUGUCAGCACAGACUAUGACAUGUGUCAUCGACUCUAUUUUGAUGAAAUCUCCUUUGAGAAUGUAAUGGAUAUCUACAAUUUAGAGCAGCCUGAAGGAAUCAUCCUGUGUAUGGGUGGUCAACUACCAAACAAUAUUGCCAUGGACUUGCACAAACAAAAGGCAAGGAUUCUUGGAACUUCUCCAGAGUCAAUUGAUGGAGCAGAAAAUCGUUUUAAGUUUUCACGUAUGCUUGACACAAUAGGAAUAUCUCAGCCUCGGUGGCGAGAACUAACGAGCCUUGAGAAAGCAAUUGAAUUUUGUGAAGAAGUUGGUUAUCCAUGCCUUGUUCGUCCAUCAUACGUGCUAAGUGGUGCAGCAAUGAAUGUUGCCCAAACUCCUCGAGACUUAGAAGACUACCUAAGUGAGGCUUCUACUGUCUCAAAGGACCACCCUGUUGUUAUUUCUAAGUUUAUCACUGAAGCAAAAGAAAUUGAUGUGGAUGCAGUUGCUCAAGAUGGAGAGCUUGUGUGUAUGGCUGUAUCAGAACAUGUGGAAAAUGCUGGAGUUCACUCUGGUGAUGCUACAUUAGUGACCCCACCUCAAGAUUUGAACCGACAGACUCUUUCUAAAAUAAGAGCAAUCUGCCAAGCUAUUGGAUGUGCUUUGGAAGUCAAUGGACCUUAUAACCUGCAGCUCAUUGCUAAGGAUAAUCAACUGAAAGUAAUUGAAUGUAAUCUCAGAGUUUCUCGUUCCUUUCCCUUUGUCUCCAAAACACUGAACUGUGAUUUUAUAGCUCUUGCUACUCAGGUAGUGAUGGGGGAGCAUCCUGAGCCUGUAGAUCUUACAUUUGGAAGUGGUCGAGUUGGUGUCAAGGUUCCUUUGUUUUCUUUUUCUCGAUUGGCUGGUGCUGAUGUGAAACUUGGAGUCGAAAUGGCCAGUACUGGAGAGGUUGCAUGUUUUGGAGAAAACUGCUAUGAGGCUUACCUAAAGGCUUUAAUUAGUACAGGGUUUAAUAUACCAAAGAAAUCCAUUUUCUUAUCCAUUGGAAGCUACAAACAUAAAUCUGAACUUCUGCCUAGUGUACGAACCCUAGAGAAGAUGGGUUUGAAACUGUAUGGUUCAAUAGGGACAGCAGACUUUUAUGCUGAGCAUGACAUAAAGGUUGAGGCAGUUGAAUGGCCUUUUGCUGAUCUUGGAGAGGACCCAACCCAGGGAGAACUUCGUAGUAUUGCUGAUUUCCUUGCUCAAAAAGAAUUUGAUCUCGUAAUUAAUCUCCCGAUGAGAAGUCGAGGUGCUCGAAGAGUGUCAUCUUUCGUGACACAUGGGUACCGAACAAGAAGAAUGGCUGUGGAAUUUGCUGUACCUUUGAUUACAGAUAUCAAAUGUGCAAAAUUAUUAGUUGAGGCUCUUCGUUUGAUUGGAGGUGCUCCUGAAAUGAAAACACACAUUGACUGUCUAACAUCUCUCCAGUUGGUUCGUUUACCAGGACUUAUUGACAUUCAUGUACACCUGAGAGAGCCUGGGGCGACUUACAAAGAGAACUUUGCCUCUGGAACUGCUGCAGCACUAGCUGGUGGCUUCACCUUGGUGUGUGCCAUGCCCAACACAAACCCACCUGUUAUAGACAAAGCAUCACUAAGAGAAGUUCAACAGCUUGCCAGGGCUGGAGCUCGAUGUGAUUAUGCACUCUUUGUUAGUGCUACAUCUGAUAAUGCAGACAGUUUACCUCAGAUGUUUCGAUCAGUUGUUGGACUUAAGAUGUAUCUGAAUGAAACAUAUGGACCCUUACUCCUGGACUCGAUUACUAACUGGAUAAAGCAUUUUGAACACUGGCCAUUGAGUCUUCCUAUUUGUGUGCAUGCUGAAAGCCAGACAACAGCUGCAGUAAUCCUGUUGGCAAGUUUGUAUCAACGCUCCAUUCAUAUAUGUCAUGUUAGCAGAGAAGAAGAGAUUUUAGUAAUUCGAGCUGCAAAAGAACAAGGACUUCCUGUUACCUGCGAAGUCUGCCCUCAUCAUCUUUUCAUGACUGUUGACGAUAUUGAAAUCAUUGGAGUCAAGAAAGCCAGAGUGAAACCCUCACUGAUGACUGCUCGUGAUCAGAAAGCAUUGUGGGAUAACCUAGAUAUCAUUGACUGUUUUGCUACAGAUCAUGCACCCCACACCCUGGAAGAAAAAAUGAGUGAAAAUUCCCCUCCUGGUUUCCCAGGCCUUGAAACAAUCUUACCUUUAUUACUCACUGCUGUUAAUGAAGGUAGACUGACAGUUGAUGAUAUUGUUAAACGACUCUAUCACAACCCAAAACGGAUCUUCAACCUUCCCGACCAGCCUAACACAUAUAUUGAAGUAGAUUUGGAAGAAGAGUGGAUUAUUCCUGAAGCAAUGCCUUUCAGCAAAGCCAAAUGGACUCCUUUUGCUGGAAGGAGUGUAAAAGGACAAGUUAGAAGGGUAGUUCUUCGGGGCGAAGUGGCUUUUGUCGAUGGUCAGUUACUGGUGCCUCCUGGCUAUGGAGAGAAUAUCUUAAGCCAAAUGCUACCUGAUGUAGAACGCCCACAUAUAAACCUUACUCCUGGAUCCCAGCAAGCAAUGCCCUCACAAAAGGUUGUAGGUUCACAUUCUGCUUCAGGAAGAACAACACCCAUUCCACUAGCAGUCCCUCUUGACACACCCGUUUUGCCUUCAGAACAUGUACCUUCUCAUCAACCUCCCGUAGGAGAUGCCCUCCAUUUAGUAAAUGGAACCACUUCUGUUCAUAAGGAUAGCUUCAAGAAUCUUGCUUCUGAGAUGUACAGUCAGAUGUUCCAGGAGUUGGGAAUGGCAGAAAGGUUCCGCCACAUCACCCAUCAUGUUGAUGAAGGAAGAACUCAUGUACAUCGCAGAUAUGAAAGUUUGGUACAAGAUACCCAACCGUCAUCAGGUUCAGGGAUCUUACCACUUCCUGUGAAAGUAAAACUUCCUCAAAUACAACAUGGACUACAGGGACAGCACAUUCUUAAAGCCAGUAUGUUUUCCCGAGAUCAGCUUCAUGCUCUUUUCAACAUAGCUCACACAUUACGUUUGUGUGUCUCAAAAGAUAGACCAUUGGAUCAUGUGUUGAAGGGAAAAGUUCUUGCCUCUGUGUUUUACGAAGUUAGCACUCGAACUAGCUGCUCUUUUACUGCAGCAAUGCAACGACUUGGUGGUCAGGUCAUUCAUAUGGAAGCUGCUACUUCUUCAGUACAGAAAGGAGAAACACUAGAAGAUACUAUCUCUGUGAUGUCUGGAUAUAGUGAUGUCAUUGUCUUGAGACAUCCUGAGCAUGAGGCUGUUUCCCGAGCUGCAGCUAUGUGUAGAAAGCCAGUGAUCAAUGCAGGUGAUGGAAUUGGGGAACAUCCUACUCAGGCACUUUUGGACAUUUUCACCAUAAGAGAAGAAAUAGGAACAGUAAAUGGAUUAAUUAUAACUUUAGUGGGAGAUUUGAAACAUGGUCGAACUGUGCAUUCUCUGGCGAGGAUGUUGACUCAUUAUAAAGUCACUUUGAGAUAUGUAAGCCCACCAGGACUGAAGAUGCCACAGACCAUAGUGAACUAUGUAGCUUCGUUUGGAAUUAUACAAGAGGAAGUUUCUACUCUUGAAGAAGCACUGCAAGAUACUGAUGUUCUAUACGUUACUAGGAUUCAAAAAGAGCGUUUUACCAACUUGGAAGAAUAUGAAAAGUGCUGUGGACACUUCACCGUCACUCCUCAACUCAUGACAAGAGCCAAGCAACGGAUGGUUGUAAUGCAUCCUUUACCUCGAUUAAAUGAAAUAAGUUCCGAGAUUGACACAGACCCACGAGCAGCAUACUUUCGUCAAGCCGAAUGUGGUUUGUACGUGAGAAUGGCACUUCUGGCUAUGGUACUGGGACGGUGCUGAAGACACAAGGCUACUACUGUUAUAAUAACCUGAAAAUGCUUUCUUCAAUAAGCAUUAUUUGACUUAAGCAAAUUGUUAAAAUGUAUAAAUUCAAAGCAGCUGUGGAAGAAGUGAUUAAUGUUCAAGUGUUUGCUAAUCCCAAAGUAUACUGAGAUUAAUAAAUAGUAAACAAGUUUUAUUGUGUCAAAUUUAGUGUAUUAAUAACUUCUUCAAUUAUGAUUCACCAGUAACAAUUGUUUAUCUAGUAUUUUAUGUAAUGUGACAUUGAUUGUCAGGAAACCAUAAAAAGGAAUCUCAGUUGCCAUAUUUUUCCCCAUAAAACUUGUAUCAGAUGCAAGUAUUCCACUAAUAAAAAUAUUAUUCGUAAUCACAAGUGUAAUUUUAAAGUGUGGAUUCAGUGAUAUAGUUAAAAUUGGAUUUGGUAUAUCACUUUGAGUUGUGUACUUGACUAAUAAAGUGCCAUAUUAGUUUAA